GCACUUUUCCGUGUGGGGCCUGGAGCAAUUCCGGCGGGUGUGGCUGGUGAACGAGGAAGAGGCCAAGGAAUUCAUGCGGAAAGCUCUGGAAGCCGAUCGGAUCAUCCACAUCCAACAGCUGGGAAUUCCUUGGGAAGAGCCGCUCCAUUGGUUCCUGGAAAACGUGGGACCCUUGGGAGAGAAGCCGGAAAAAAGGACGGCCCUGCAGGCGGCCCGGGAAGCGCUGGAAGAGGAAAACUCCGGAAAACCUCCCAAGGACGGGAAAAGCCGGAAAAAGAAAACCUUGGGAAGCGGAAAAGAAGGAAAAGGGAUUCCCAGAAAACCCGGACGUGGCUCCAGACCCUUGGGAAACGUUCCCAAGGAAACCAUCCGACGGAUCCUGGAGCUGCUCCGGGACGAGUCGGGAUUCCUGACGGAGAAGGAGCUGCUGAAGCCGCUGCAGGAGCUGGAGGGGCCCCAGGACACCCUUGGGAAGAUCCAAUCCCUCUUCCAGGCCCUCCGGAUCGAGGACGAGGACGACCUUUUCCAACUGGUGGAUUCCUUCCUCAAACACAAAUCCCGGGAAACACCAGAGAAGAUCCAGUUCCAGGGAAGUGCCGGGGGGGAUCUCCCGGAUCCGAUCAAGGAGGGAGGAGCCGCUUCCCGGAUAAUUGAGCUCCGAUGCUCCCGGAAUUCCCAGAGCUCCGUGCACGUCCACGUGGAUGACGUCAUGAAGAUCCUGAAGGAAUUCCUGAGGAAUUUCGACAGGCUGAGAGACGCUGCAGCCGCGGCCGCCCGGGAAGCUCUGGAUGCCCGGGAUUCCUCCGGAGACGCGGAAUACUGGGAAGCGCUGACCCACGUCAUUCCAGAGCCCAGGCUGAAACUUUGGGAUGCUCUGGACACGGCACUUCUGGAAUACCAUCGUGUCCUGAGCCGGAGGGCCGAGCUCCUUUCCCAGGCCACGCUCCUGCAGCAGCAGAACUCGGAGCUGGGAAUGCUCCUGGAGGAAUAUCUGCGCUCCAAAGCCAGCGGCUGAGCCGGGAAUUCCGGCCCCUUUCCUGUCAAAAUCCCAUGGGAACGGAGCUAAAUGUGUCCAGAGGAAUCGUUGGGAAUGGGUGGGAAGGGGAGGGGAUUUGUUGGGGCUGGGGC